AAAAUCACGGAGUUUCUGACACAUUUGAGCGCUCCUAGAACAAAAAGAGAAAGUCCGAGAAACCAAAUGUGACCUCAGUGUGGAGUGGAAACAUUUUCCUUUAUGUUACAGCAACAAAUACGGUACAAAACAUUGACUUUACAAAGAUUAAAGUCUUAAACGUGGCGGAGAAAACACAACUGCAGCCAUGUUUGAGGCAGCAGCAGAGCGGCGGGGUUGGGUUGUCUCUUCACGGUUCUCAUGGAUGUUAUAAGUCCCGCCUCCUGCUCUGAACUGCAGAAGUUCACAGGAACAUUAACUGGAAACAUGGCAGAAGAAGCUCCAGCAGCAGCACCGGCUAAAGCCCCGGCAAAAGCCCCGAAGAAGAAGUCCGCUCCCCGGGCCAAGAAAGAUGGACCUAGUCUCUCUAAAGUCAUCGCGGCCGCCGUGGCCGAUUCCAAGGAGCGCAAGGGGAUGUCUCUGUCGGCGCUCAAGAAGGUCCUGGCUGGGAAAGGAGUAGAUGUGGCCAAGGCUAACAAGCGCAUCAACACCGCUGUCACCAAGCUGGUCACCGAAGGAACCCUGAGCCAGACUAAAGGGACCGGGGCAUCCGGCUCCUUCAAGCUGGCAAAGAAGGAGCCCAAAGCCGCCAAGCCGGCCAAGAAGGUGGUGAAGAAGGCUCCCGUCAAGGCAAAGAAGCCCGCCGCCAAGAAGGCCACCACUCCCAAGAAAGCCGCUGCUAAGAAACCGGCAGCGGCCAAGAAGUCCCCGAAGAAGGUUCCGGCUAAGAAAGCGGUGAAGAAGGUGGUGAAGAAGAGCCCCAAAAAGCCCGCCGCUAAGAAGCCAAAGGCUGCCAAGAAGCCUGCAGCCAAGAAACCUGCAGCAAAAAAGCCCGCAGCUAAGAAGACCCGGAAGUAAACAGCUGCUUCAACUCAGCACUCAGUGCACCAAAGGCUCUUUUCAGAGCCACCACACCUUCACCCAAAGACAUGAUUCCUCAUAAGUUUCCAGUCUGGUUACUUUAGUAGACAUGAUACAUUUAAGCAAUUUGUAAAAUACAAAGGGUUUAAUAUUCUGGUUAAAUGACUAGACAGAUGAGAUUUUACAUUUAGUUUUGUAGAUUACCUCUAAUCAUUGUUUUUACUUAUCAAUGUUUCUAAAACAUUUAAGUAGAAGUUAUCUACAGAGAUGGAUUCUUAUGAACUUUAUAUUAAACCAUCUCUUAUCUGAUCCCCACUUGGGCCAGAUAAUUCAACACACUAGAACCCCUCAUCAGACCAGACUGAGUAAAUGAUAUGAAUUAGUCAUGAAGAUAUUAUGUCUAUACCUGCAUGUCCAUGCAUGAUCGCAGGGCGGCCAAUCACCAGCAAGAGGCGGGAUGCACCCUGGACAGGUGAACCAGAAGGAAAAUGGUCAGGAAUUCAAAUUUAAAACAUCAGUCGUCUAGAAAUAUGACUGAAGAUGUAGUUCAACCAUUAACAUGAAUACAUAACCCAUCCUUUCUGACAUAUUUUAAUGUAAAAUGAACAGGUGGCAUGCACCCAUUGACUAACUCCAGGAUAAUUUAUCUGCUUUUUCUUUUCUCCAAAGUUGUAAAAACUGGAUAGCAGAACUGUGGCUUAAUAGUUACUAUUAAAUCAUUUGUAUUGUGCAUUA